AUGCUAUUUAUCGUAUUGCUAUUAGUAGCCAUCGGAGAUGUUGUUAGCAUUUCAAGUCCAAUUACGCCGUUCACCACCUAUAGAUAUUCAACUGAACUGGAAAAGGGCAUAGCCGAUCUGUGGUGGACAGUAGAUAAUGGUGCAAAAGAUAUCACUUUCGAGUUGCACAUGAAAACAACAGGAUGGGUAGCUUUAGGUAUUAGUCCAGGCGGCGGAAUGGAAGGUGCCGAUAUCGGUGUUGGAUGGGUCGACACUGAGGGCAAAGUUCACUUUCAAGAUCGACAUGCAUUCGACUUCGUCAAACCUGUUAUCGAUAAUACAACCGAGAAUUGGCUUGCUCUACGUGGCCGUGAAUCCAACGGAUGGACUGCCAUUCAAUUCAGACGUCUUCUUGACACAUGUGAUCCUAUGGAUGUUGAAAUUAAAUCUGGAACGAAUGUCAUCAUCUAUGCGUAUGGUCUUACUGAUCCAGUUGGUGAUAUCAAUUACCAUCAGAAUCGCCGAGGCUCGCGCAUGAUUCCACUUCAAUCGUAUGCAAAUCCACCAACCGAAAAUAAGUUUACCGGUCUCGAUUAUUUCGAAUUUCGUUUGAAUAAUUAUGCUGUUCCGUCCAAUGACACGACCUAUCAUUGUAAAGUAUACAAAGCUCCAGCUCGGUAUUCAAGAAAACGUCAUGCCAUUGCCCACAAAACAAUGAUCGAUCCGAAUAAUGUGGAUCUGGUUCAUCAUCUUGUGUUAUAUGAAUGUGAUCAAACAGUUAAAUUUGAUGAUAAUAAUCUUCCCGACGGCGCAUGCGAUGACUAUUACAGAGAAUUUUCCCAUUGCUUAUCCAAUACUGCUACUGUUUGGGCAGUAGGUGGUGAGGAGAUUGUCGAAUUUCCGACAGAAGCCGGUUAUCCAGUUGGUGGCGAUUUUGGCAUCAAAUAUUACGUCAUUGAGAUGCACUAUAAUAAUCCAAAAUUGAUACCAAAUCGCCGUGACAAUACGGGUAUUCGAUUUUACAUUGGCAAAGAACUUCGUCAGUAUGACCUUGGCUAUCUAGCAUUCGGAACUAGUUCUAAUGCGCUUGCUCUGACCAUUCCACCGAAAGUCGAUCAAUUUACCGUCGAUUCGUUUUGUCCGAGCGAAUUCAGCAAAGUAUCAUACUAUUUUCGAUGGGAUUUUCUGAAAGACUUUAUCGCUAUUCAAGAAAUUUAUGGAAGAAUCUUUGUUUAG